ACGAGUGUAAAUGGAAUGAAUACAAGUCAUUGAAAUUACUAAACAUUAAACAACAAAUUAAGUACAGAGACGAAACACACACAUUUGAUGUCAACAUGAAAAAAAACAAAACCGGCUUCCUGAUGACGUACAUGAAUGUGGAUAAAAAUGGGCCGCAUAUGUAUAUAAUAAAACCAACACCAUCCGCUCAAGAUCAGCGACCGGAAUGCAAAGGAUUGAUAGAGCUGGCUGCACGGGAUUUGAAAUGCACUCCGCUGGAUGAAAUUGCAAAACUAGAAUCACUGAUUGAUGAUGUUCAAGCGCAUGUCGAUCGGUUACCGGCAGGUAACAAGCGCAUCCGCUACUGGGCUAAAGAAUUCUGUUUUGAAACAGACUGCCGGGAUAUAUGUGAAACGACAAUAGAGGUACCCAAUGAAGACUCCUGGCGUAAAUCAACUGCUCCCUGUUCCGAUGAGAAACUCCGUCUGAAGUAAAUAAAGCAUUUGUCAGACUGUUCAAGAGAACAUGUGUUAGUAUUCUGCAAGGUCCUUUUAAGGCGCUGCGAGUUCAAAAUUCUGACGAUGUUGAGUGACCGGUUUGACUCCUUUGAAACUCCGUUCAAACGUAAAUACGCAGUUUUAAACAAGUUUGAGACGGAAUUAAAGAAGUUCAAUCAAGCGAUUUCUUUUGGGGCAUUACCAUCUGAAUUGCAAGAAAGAAGAGGAAAAGUCAACAACGCAGUCAUUGGUACAUCCGUUUCCGGCCUGGUAGGAGGUGUUAUCGGAGUUGUUGGUCUUGCCCUUAUUCCAGUAACGUUCGGAGUAUCAUUAGGUUUAACCAUUGCUGGUGGUGUGAUUGGUGCCUCAAGCGGAAUAGUGCAAGGCGGUUUCCGCGUGCAUGAAGCUGUUAUGCAGAACCAAUCAACGAAGGUAAUUAAGGAAAACAUUGACAAGAUAAAAAGUGACUUUAAACAAGCACUUACAGAUUUCACGGAAAUAUUCGAACAAGAAAAGAAGAACUCCAACAUUGACGCCAUUAAACACAAUGAUCCUGAAAGCCCUGGUGUGAACAUUCGAGGUAGUAUGUCGGUUGGAUCGAUUUUGAGGUCAGUUCAUAGCGGUAUUGGAAUAGGUCUUGCUGCUGCUAGAGUCGGAACAUCCGUUGCCACGGCAGCAGCAGCGAUUCUUGCCCCUGUCAGUCUUGUAGUUGACGGAGGCUUCAUGGCGGAAGCGAUCUACAGCAAAACAACUGGUAGUCACACCGAAGCCGGGAGAAAACUUGAAUGUUUACGAGCUUUUCAGACUGUGCCAAUUGCUACAUACAUGGGAAAUGCGGACUUUGGCACAAAAAUUGUGGAAAGAACCAUGCAAAACGAUUAAAAGGCAAACAUAGGCCAAAAUGCCAUUGUUAACAUAAUACAUAUGACCAGUACUUAAUCUUUUUGUAAAUACAAAUAUACCUUCAUCUACUGUUCUUUCAAUAUGUAUAAUAAAAGAUUUUCCUUGAAGUCUCUAAAACGCUAAAAAUCAACGAAAAUUUCGUGAAGUAUUUCGUAAAAUAAAGUUAACACCUAAAAAAUCAGUGUUCCUUAUAGCAAAAGCCACAAUUUCGACGCUAGAUGUGGUAUGAUUACAUAGAUUCGUGUAGAUACAAAAUGAUCUUUUUUUUUAUUUGUGACACAAUUCAUUCCAUUUUAAUUUCCCGCGAAUAUAUCUAUUCAUACGACACACGAACACCAUGUUAGUGUUCAUGUGUCGUAUGAAUAGAUAUCGCUCGGGAAAUUAACAUGGAAAAACAACAAGCAUUUUGUAUCUAUAAACAUCUAUGUUACCAGACCACAUCUAGCGUUGAAAUUUCGGCAAUUGCCAAA